AUGGCAGCACGUUCAACAUACCUUUGCGCAAUACAGACUUGCAAUGUAAUUUUGAUUAUAAUCGGUCUUGUGGCUGUUGGCCUUGCUGGUAGUCAAUUUUUUAACCUUUCACUUGGGCAUUACAGGAUGAUUGACUUAAGACUAUUGAACUGGAUAUAUAUUCUGGCAGGUUUAAUAGGCCUAUAUACCUUAUCACGUAAUCAUGGUACUGUUGUAGCCAAGGCAUUACAUUGUGUUUCAAUCGUUGUAGCCAUGUAUACUGCAGCAUUUUAUUGUAUCACGCUUUUCAGAAUCAUCCGCAUUCAUGAUAUAUUGAUAACACAUAAUUUUCCUGAGCACGUGGAUCUUCAAUAUGCUGCUGAAUUAAAUUUCAUAGCGAAGAAUUACGAAGCUAAACUGGUUAUCUGUUCACUAAUGAUCGCUUUACCUGCUCUGGCUUGCUUAGCUGCAGUAAUAGCUGCGGUACUUAUAGAUCGGGUUGUAGUGGUCACACAGCCUACAUGGCCACAGUAUUCGCGAUCACAGAAUAAGAAGUAUCGCUUAAACCGUAUUGGUUUAGCAAUAUCAGCUGCUACAAAACUGCUUCUAGCUUUGUUUGCUUUGGCAUUGACAAUUUUUCUUCAAUACGAACAUCAAUUAAUAUCAAAUACUGAUCCAUUUGUAAUGGCUCGUCUCGAUCAUUUUGCUGCAUUAUUAGUAAUUGUAAGCGCUGUUAUUGAUAUGCACUCAUCUAUUAUUAAUCGACAAAGUGCUGCUAAUUAUAAAGUUGCUAUAGGAAUAGCUAUCGUUGCAGCUGUUUGGUGCCUCAAAACAUUGGAUAUUGGAAUGUAUCCUUUUUAUUAUAAAGAUAUCCAAAAUUGGAGAGGAUUUCCUUUAUUUUCAUCGAAUGCUUCUCUCAGUGAAUCUUUUCCACUGAAUGAUCGAACAGAACAUCCAAUAUAUUUGGUUAUUAUUUCUGAAGGUAUCUUAAUUGGCAUUUUUGCUCUACUUUUUGGCCUCAAUGUGGUUUCUGCUGUUCAAGCUAGCAAAUGUACUCUGAAUGAAUUUAAUAACGAAGACACUACUAUUGUCAAGAGUAUUGCCGUAGAAAGCAGAUGCUUGGGAUUUUUACACUUCAUAUGGGGAAUUUUCUUGAUGGGACUUGUAUUACUUGGUUUAAUAGAUGUUCCUUGGAAUGCAAAUUAUAUCGGGGCUGACCUGAUUUGGCUUGCAGUAUUGCUUUUUGUCACUGGCUUGUUAUAUUUUGCCUAUUCCAGCUCAAAUUUGACGGCGCAAUUUGUUCUUGCUUUUGUAUGUUUCACUUGUGGAUUGGAAAAGAUGUGCGCAACUAUUAAUCUUGUUUACCAGUCAGCUACUUAUCCCAGUUUUACACGUAGUCCCGAAGAAGUAUUUCUUGGCCGAUUAGUGUUGCAUUCUGUACAACUUUUGGUUAGUUUUUUUGUCAAAAGUAUUCAUAUGGUAUUACUUUUGGGAAAUAUGUUUUACGGUAUAAUUCUUGUCGGUUGCCACGUAGUAUUUGCCCUCGGUUACUGGCGUUUUUCUGAAUCACCUCUAGAAAUUCCAUACUUUCGUAUGGGUAAUGGCCUUUUAGUGUUUGGCAUUUCCAUUCUCCAGGCAAUAUCGAUGUGUAUUCCAGCACUGUUGCUACCAGUUACAGUACUCAAUGUAACUGCUGCAUCAGUCGCUUUGUUUAUGAUCAGUUACUCAAUGUCAAAUACUUAUUUUCUGGCAGCGUUGUUGUCAACAGUUGAAGGUAUUCGUUGGAUAAUCAUUGAAGUUGCUUUAAUUUUAACAGCAUCUGCAACACUUGCAUGCGUUAUUUGCACAUUUUGUGCCACAUUUGCGAUUGUUAGGAAUUCUACAAGAAGUAUUUCAACCAUCGUACCGUACGAAGAGAAUAAUUACGGUACUUUGCGAACAUUAGUUACUCCACAAUUACAGACACCACCAAUGCGGCAUAUGGAGGAGCAGUCAAUUUAUUGGUCAACAGAUGAAAAUCCUUAUUAUUAUCAAACAUCAAAACGUUACUAUGAUCAGCCAUAUAAAAUAGAUUCAGGCUUUUAUGGAUAUGCACUGGUCAGUCCUCAAAUGCUAGAAUCACCUUAUGCCAUAAUGGGUAAUAUAAACGAUAGAGGUGAUGUUAAUGGACCGUACUAUCGUAAUAUGAUUUCCUCAGCAGCCCAAACAAAAAUUGGACAUAUUUUUAAUUAA